AUGUUGGUCCUCAUUGUUGGAAUCACUGGAAAUGUGGGAACGAAGCUUAUCAGCCCUCUCCAAGAGCACGGAGCUCAAGUGCGUGGACUAGCGAGGAACAAAUCUAAACUCGCUCCAGAGAAGUUGCAGGCUUUGGAAAGCUUCCACGAUAUGGAAGCUUGGUACGACGUGCCGGCCAUCAAGAAGGCGCUGAACGGCGUUGAUGCUGUCAUUUGCGCAUAUGGACCAGUGCCGGAGCUCGUGUUGGAUGCUCAGCUGCUCCUCCGAUUCGUGCCAUCCGCAUGGAACCUGGACUGGUCAGCCCUUUCGUUCGGUGCCAUUGUGUAUUACGACCUCUUCCUAGCGUUCCAGCGUCAGCUCGCCAUGUCUUCCCGGAUCAAGCCAUUCUACAUAUUCAUCGGAAUUUUCGCCGAGACAUUCUUCUCCUUGCCCGGCCAUGGAGUAUUCAACCCAAGCACACAUGGAGUUUGGGACUCGGCAUCUGGGAGUCCUCGUGCAGAGUUCUGGGGCACGGGCGAUGAAAAAUGGCAGAUCACAACUGAACAAGACACCGCCGACUUCACUGCGGCGUUGAUUUGUGACCAAUCACGGACAGAUGGGAUGUACAGAUAUUGUAGUUGGGAAUACAGUAUCAAGGAGAUCGCAGCAAUUUAUGAACUGGAGAAGGGGAUUCCUGUUGAAAUGAAGCGCCUUGGAUCGCUAGAAGAUCUGAGGGUGGUUGCUGACUUUUGUCAGCAAGAGCUGGGUUUAUCGAGAUUUUGGGAGUGGAUGGGAUAUACCUACCAGAUACAUCAACUUGGCGGCAAGACCAUGAUGCAGGUGUUGGAUGACAAGCUGUAUCCAGAUCUCAAACGAGCCGAACUGGGGGAUUUUUUGAAACAGCAUCCAGAGAUAUAA